UCCUCUCACCUUCUUCACCAACGGCUAGUUCCAAGUGACCGUUUCAUAACCCAAAAAUUCAAACACUCGAAGAACCCUAAAUAAACACCAAUCCAGAAAAUAAAAAAGGAACACUUGAAAAUCCUCAUUAAAAUCACAACAGCCCUGGCACCCCAUAAAAAUCACAAUUAUUUGUUAUCUCUUCUAUUCACUUGUUCAAAUCAAGAAACAAAGAAAAGAUCCUCAAAAAUGGUACACACAUACACACCAGCAUACUACUCUACUCUCCAUGACUCAAUCACCUCUCUUUGCAAAACAAUCCUCCCAUUUUCCUUCAAGAAAAAGAGAUUGACUGCUGCAGAACACAGGCUCUCAAAGCUGCAGUCUGAUAACUUGAAGUGGCAACAAGACUCAUUCCACCAGAUUUUGAACUUGAUGGGGUUGCAUAAAGAAGAUAUUUUAUCUGAAAAUGAGGUUUCUGCUUUCAAGAUUCAUUUGCUUGAGACCCUUAUUUCUUCUCCACUUGAACAUGAACAACCAGUCAUUUUAAGAGAUAAAUUGGUCUUCUUGCAGGAGCUUCUUUAUGCAAAAUGUAUAUCAGAAGAUGAGUACCAUUCAUCAAAGAGGCCUUUGUUACAACGGCUAGCAGUACAAGGAGCAGAAAUUGAUUCAAGAGAUGUUAUUUUGGCUGGUCCAAAAGACACAAAAGAGAACAAGGAAGGGGAGUGGUCGGUUAUUGAUUUAAAAGAUGAGAAAAGUUUGAUUGGUAAAGAAACUUUACAGUCCAAAAACAGAUCAAAGCCUAACUCAGCGAUCAAGCAAAUCAAAGGAGCAGCCUCAGUUUUUGGUUUUGGGUCCUCUCAAAAGCAAAGCAAACACAAAGAAGAAAAGAGUAUUUUCGAAAUUGAAGCAAGAUUGGCCUCUUCUGGCCAUGUCAGUAACGAAUCAGAGAAACCACUUUGGGAUGAGGGAAGUGAAACGAAGUCAAUUCUCAUGCAAGCAAGCUUACCAAAUGAGUCUACAAAAGAAAGUGGAAGCAAUGACAAGUCCAAGAGGAAACCCUUAAAGACUCUGUUUCAAAAAGUGCCAAGAGAAGGAGGCGGUGGUGGCGGCGAUAAUGGUCUUAAUUGUGAGGAGAAAACCUCGAAAUCGGCAAAAAAACAAUGGGGUUUUAAUGGGUUUAAGAAAUGGAAGAAAAAUGAUUCAGAUGAUGAGACUGCUCCUCUGCCUCUUAACAAUGAAAGAUCUGACAGUGAGGCUUAUUCAGGAUCUUACCAUCUUGUUGAUAGUCCCAUUGGAGAGGGACCAGACACCAGAAAUAUUAAGAAGAAGCUGGAUUCUAAUGGCUCUGCUUCAGAUUUUUUCAUCGAUAAGGUUUCAGGGGACAAGAUAAAGAAGGAGAUAUCAAAAAUCCAAACAGAACUAAGCACUACAAACUCCAGUCUUCAAUUUUCUGAUGACCAAAUUGAAGCAAUUUCCACCAAGCUUCCUGUUGACAAGGUUGACCUGAAAAAGUUCUGUCCCAAGUCAUGGCGUGAGUAUGGUGAUGUUGUACUGGAUGAGGUGAAGGAGGAGUUCAAGGAUCAUGUUGGAGAGAUGGAGAACAAGAGAAAUGCUGCAAGAGAGAAACAUCACAAUAACUCAAUGCGAUGGACAACAUUUGAAGAUGAUGAUGAGAAUUAUCACCCAAACCUUUUUUCUCAACAGGAUCACCAUUCAUUUCCAAGGGGCCAGAAUUUUACAGCCAGGAAUGAUCAUAGAGCCUAUACUAAUCCCUUCUCCCAUGAUUACUCUGAAAACAAUGGAGAUAAGAUGAGAACAGAAUCAUUCCAAAAUCCCUUCUGGAUCCCAAGGCAGCAGUAUUAGUAUAGGGGAAUUGAUAUGCUCUUGAUAAGGAAGCAGUAUUCUUGUUUUUUGUGUACUUGUGUUCUAUUGUAAUUGUUGUCCAAAUUCUCAAAGAAA